CUCGGGCUGUUGAAAAUGUCGACAGAAUAUUAAUAUUACUACAUCGUCACAGACACAUACGACGUGUGUAACAUAAUUCAAAAACAGAGUAAAAAUCCUCGCUUUUUACGAAAAAUCGAAUACGUUACCGGUGGACUAUUAUAAAUUUUCGAGUUUCUAGCCGUUUAUUUGAAGUGAAAAUUUGUGGGCAUAUGUUUUCGUGGAGGAAAAAACUAAUUGUAAACUUCUUCAAUGAAAUUUAAUUUAUUACAAUCACCGAUUACGAUAAAUACGAUAAACGCACGUGAUGAUAUCAUAGACCAACAGGCAACAGCUAUAUAAAAUAAAUUUAUUUUAAGUUAUUUUAUAUAUCUGUGCAUAGACCUAUAAUAAAAAAUUAUAAAUAUUUUAUUAUUUUUAUAAUAAAAACUAUAGGUUUAUGGAUGAUAUUAACUGUUUAUCAGGAUCUCAAAGUACAAACUAUUUACUAUCAUUAUGUAUAUGGCAUGUAUACUAUUCUAAUAGUAUUUUAGAAUUUAGAAUAUUAUUAGUGUUUUAGUUUGUAGUAUUGUAGUUUAAUGUUCAACUAAUAACUAUUAACAAAUAAUAUAUUAUUUAUCCAUAAUAUUUGGCGAUGAUUAUUGAAUAAUAUCUCCCGUCAUAAAUGAACAGAAGUCAAUAAUUCAGUAUUCAAAUAAACAGACAGUACUAAGGUUAAAUAGUAUUAAAUGUUUAAUUUUAAGCAUUUGUAAACUUCAGUCUGAACAACGACGUUGUUAACACUUGAAUUGAGAUGACAAACGACACUGCAAAUUUCACUAUGUUUUCUACUAACACUGUAAAAGUCAAGUGUGACUGGCAGUCAAACGUUUGUGGAAUGGACAUCGAACACUGUGUUGCGGCCCGUCCAAAGCAAUCUGACAUUGAUGCGGAAAAACUUGAUGUAUUGCAAUUAAUAACAGAAUUUGAUUGCAAGAGCGUGAAUUUUGAGAAACCUGAACAUCUAAGUGACUUAUUCAUAAAUAUCAACUGUGAUCCGACACAUGUAAUUGAUACAGUAGCUGUGUGUUCAGAGGCCAGAAUCAUAGAACUGUUUGGGAAGACUGGAGAAUAUGUGUCUAUACAUCAGUCUUUAAGUCACAGUGAUUUUGAUGGAGUUCAAAUGUACUCUCAUUUGAUACCCAUUGACAGUACAGAAUGUGCUUUAAAAUUAAAGCAAUUUAAUAAUUCAGAUUUCAUUUGGAUUUUUGGUAUAAUUAUUUAUUUAACCGAAAUCAAAGAACAUUCUAACAAAUUCUUGGGUCCUAUAAAUAUGCAGAAUGUUCAAAAUUUGUUGGAGUCAAAACCAUUAGACUUAAAUGCUUUAAAACUAUUUUCUAUGUUGAGCCUUAAACAAUCGCAAUCAAUUAAUAAUGAUGUUUUAAUGUCGAUUUUUAAAAAUAUGGAUAAUUCCAAAUUUUCAAAUAAUGAUCCAGAAGGUGGUGAAUUCAAAUCGGUUAGUUUCAAACAAUUCGAAGAAAAAGUAGAGCACCGACUUCAAAAUAUGGCUGUUCAAAUGAAUACGAUUGAGAAUAAAAUUGAAACAUUAAAUAAAAAGUUUGACUUGUUGAUAAGCGCAUUACACGAUAAAAAAAUUUUGGUGUGAUAUUAUGUUUUGUCUAAAAUGUUUAAAUGUUACUUUUAUCCUCAAACUAUGACAAAAUCGAAGAUGGAAUUUUAAUUCUAUUUUGUCUUGUUUUUAAAUGUAUAUAUUAAUUUUAUUGUAUAAACAGACUGAAAUAUUUAAUGUAUAAAACUAAUAACAAACUUAUCUGAUAUAA